UUUGCCCCCCCCCGGAGGUGGCAGGGCAGGGUGGGGACCUGGGGGGGGUAUUUCCAGCGACAGCACUGGGGGUGUUCAUUGCCCAUAGGUGUGCUGACAGCAGAGCCAUGGCCGAGGAGCAGCGGGACCUCAUCUCUGACCGCGGCAGCAGCGUGCUCAACGCUGGGGACACCCAGAGGUCUGCGUGGGGCCGCAAAGCCGCCCUCUCCACGCUUUCCAUCUUGGUGGCCCUGCUGAUCGCCGGCCAGGCUGUCACUGUCUACUUUGUCUACCAGCAGAGCGGGCAGAUCAGCAAGCUGACCAAGACCUCCCAGACCCUGCAGCUGGAGGCACUCCAGAGGAAGCUGCCCGCCAGUGCCAAGCCAGUGAGCAAGAUGAGGAUGAAUCUAGACAUGCCUCUGGCCGUGAGGGUCCUGCCUCUUGCCCCCUCUGCAGACAAGAUGAACAUGGCCCCUCCUAGCAACAAAACCGAGGACCAAGUGAAGCACCUGCUGCUGCAAGCAGACCCCAGGAAGACAUUCCCAGAGCUGAAGGACAACCUGAUGGACAACCUGAAGAGCCUGAAGAAGACCAUGACUGAUGCAGACUGGAAGUCCUUUGAAUCCUGGAUGCACAAGUGGCUGCUGUUUGAAAUGGCCAAGAACCCCAAGCCGGAGGAUCGUAAGGCGAUCCCAGUGGAGAAAGUGCAAACUAAGUGCCAGGCGGAGGCCAGUUCUGGGGGUGUCCAGCUGGGUCGCUUCCGCCCACAGUGCGAUGAGAACGGCGACUACCUGCCCAAGCAGUGCAAUGCUGCCACAGGCUACUGCUGGUGCUCCUACAAAAAUGGCACCAGGAUUGAGGGCACUGCUACUCGGGAAAAGCUGGACUGCCCCGGUGCUGCUCCUGCCACCACCCCCGUGGACCCAGAGGAGAUGAUCUUCUCCGGGGUGGAUGCGUUCCAGCUGGGUGCAGAAAAAGCAGCCAAGUAGAAGAGGAUGCCAGCGGAUGCCUGUCCGGUCUUCAGCAUCCCAACUCACACGUUUUAUUAUUUUUGUUCUAUUUCAUUUCUGCUCUUACAUUGCUUUUCCAAGGCGAUUAACAAUGGGCACCCCUCAAGGCACCGAUUGUGACCCCUCCCCUGCUGCAGAUGGGGCUGAGCUGCCACCAGGAUCAGUGCUAGAGACAAAGUGUUCCCGCAGAGGGUGGGUAAAGCAGGCUGGAAAAGUAUUUCAACUAUGUCAGACCCAUAAACACUGUUCCAUUUUGCUCAUCGGCAUCCCUCAGCAGCCACGCAGCAGCAGGUGCAGAGCUCACCCCUGCUGAAGAAUGAUAACCUUAAUGCUUUCUUACUCAGAACAUUAAAAGCAACAGAACAACCUCCACCAGCUUCUUAACUGACCCCCAUAGGUUGAAGCCCUGUUAGAUUACUAGAGGGUAGUUUUGUAGAUAAGACAUUCACCUUCAGCUUUUGCCUUCACGCUCGAUAACAGCCACAGCAGUGGGUAAACAGCAGGCAGAGGAGCUGACCCUAGAGUCAGAGGGGCUUCUAAUUUUUCUGAAUAUAUCUGAUGAUAGUUCCUUUAUAAAUGAUCUCACAAGCUAAUUAUUUCUAAUAAACUUUUGAAUAAGAAAGCCUUGUAA